AGCGAGGGGGCUGACGGCAGCACCAUGCAGGCGGCGGCCGCUGCGUCCGUGCCCAUCUUGCUGCUCUGCGCCCUGGGGACCUGCCCCUGGGUGCGCGGCGGCCGGGCAGGAGACGCCUCGUUGACCGAGCUGGAGAGGAGGAACGAAAACCGCUUCCUGGAGCGCCAGAGCAUCGUGCCACUCCGGCUCCUCUAUCGCUCCGGCGACGAAGACGAAACCGGGCACGACGCGCUCACCACGCGGGUGCGGGGCGACCCCGGCGGCGCUCAGUUGACUCACGUUGACCAGGCAAGCUUCCAGGUGGAUGCCUUUGGAACAUCAUUUAUUCUUGAUGUCGUGCUAAACCAUGAUUUGCUGUCCUCUGAAUACAUAGAGAGACACAUUGAACAUGGAGGGAAGACGGUGGAAGUUAAAGGAGGAGAGCACUGUUACUACCAGGGCCAUAUCCGAGGAAACCCGGCCUCAUUUGUUGCAUUGUCAACAUGCCAUGGACUUCAUGGGAUGUUCUAUGAUGGGAACCACACCUAUCUCAUUGAGCCAGAAGAAAGUGACACCUCCCAAGAGGAUUUCCGUUUUCACUCAGUUUACAAAUCCAGACUCUUUGAAUUUCCUUUGGAUGAUCUCCCCUCUGAGUUCCAACAAGUAAACAUCACUCCACCAAAAUUUAUUUUGAAGCCAAGACCAAAAAGGACUAAACGGCAGCUCCAUCGCCAUCCUCGAAAUGUAGAGGAGGAAACCAAAUAUAUUGAACUGAUGAUUGUGAACGAUCAUCUCAUGUUCAAAAAACAUCGGCUUUCCGUUGUACAUACCAAUACGUAUGCGAAAUCUGUGGUGAACAUGGCGGAUUUAAUAUAUAAAGACCAACUUAAGACCAGGAUAGUAUUGGUUGCCAUGGAAACCUGGGCAGCUGACAACAAGUUUGCCAUAUCUGAAAAUCCAUUGAUCACCCUACGUGAGUUUAUGAAAUACAGGAGGGAUUUUAUCAAAGAGAAAAGUGAUGCAGUUCACCUUUUUUCGGGAAGUCAAUUUGAGAGUAGCCGGAGCGGGGCAGCUUAUAUUGGUGGGAUUUGCUCGUUGCUGAAAGGAGGAGGCGUGAAUGAAUUUGGGAAAACUGAUUUAAUGGCAGUUACACUUGCCCAGUCAUUAGCCCAUAAUAUUGGUAUUAUCUCAGACAAAAGAAAGUUAGCAAGUGGCGAGUGUACAUGUGAGGACACAUGGUCUGGAUGCAUAAUGGGAGACACCGGUUACUAUCUUCCUAAGAAGUUUACGCAGUGUAAUGUUGAAGAGUAUCAUGACUUCCUGAACAGUGGAGGUGGAGCCUGCCUUUUCAAUAAGCCUUCUAAGCUUCUCGAUCCUCCUGAGUGUGGUAAUGGCUUCAUUGAAACUGGAGAGGAGUGUGACUGCGGGACCCCAGCAGAAUGUGUCCUCGAAGGAGCAGAGUGUUGUAAGAAAUGCACCUUGACUCAAGACUCUCAAUGCAGUGAUGGUCUUUGUUGUAAAAAGUGCAAGUUUCAGCCUAUGGGGACUGUGUGCCGAGAAGCAGUAAAUGAUUGUGAUAUUCGUGAAUCAUGCUCAGGAAACUCAAGCCAGUGUGCCCCAAAUAUUCAUAAAAUGGAUGGAUAUUCAUGUGAUGGUGUUCAGGGGAUUUGCUUUGGAGGAAGAUGCAAAACCAGGGAUAGACAAUGCAAAUACAUCUGGGGGCAAAAGGUGAUGGCAUCAGACAAGUACUGCUAUGAGAAGCUGAAUAUUGAAGGGACCGAGAAGGGCAACUGUGGGAAAGACAAAGACACAUGGAUACAGUGCAACAAACGGGAUGUGCUUUGUGGCUACCUUUUGUGUACCAAUAUUGGCAAUAUCCCACGGCUUGGAGAACUUGAUGGUGAAAUCACAUCUACUUUAGUUGUGCAGCAGGGAAGAACAUUAAACUGCAGUGGUGGGCAUGUUAAGCUUGAAGAAGAUGUAGAUCUUGGCUAUGUGGAAGAUGGGACACCUUGUGGUCCCCAAAUGAUGUGCUUAGAACACAGGUGUCUCCCUGUGGCCUCCUUCAACUUUAGUACUUGCUUAAGCAAUAAAGAAGGCAUUGUUUGUUCAGGAAAUGGAGUUUGCAGUAAUGAGCUGAAGUGUGUGUGUAACAUGCACUGGACCGGUGCUGACUGCAGCACUUACUUUCCUCUCAACGAUGAUGAAAAGACUGGUAUAACUCUGUCUGGCAACGGUGUUGCUGGUACCAAUAUCAUAAUAGGCAUAAUUGCUGGCACCAUUUUAGUGUUGGCCCUCAUAUUAGGAAUGACUGCAUGGGGUUAUAAAAACUAUCGAGAACAGAGACAGUUACCCCAGGGAGAUUAUGUAAAAAAGCCUGGAGAUGGCGACUCUUUUUAUAGCGACAUUCCUCCCGGAGUCAGCACAAACUCAGCAUCUAGUUCUAAGAAGAGGUCUGCUUUUCUGUCGCAUUUUCAGAUUUCUACCUGUUCCAUCACACAUUAUUCCAUUAGUCAGAACAUUUCAUUAUUUUGCAGCAGGUCAAACGGACUCUCUCAUUCUUGGAGUGAAAGGAUUCCAGACACAAAGCAUAUUUCAGACAUCUGUGAAAAUGGGCGACCUCGAAGUAACUCUUGGCAAGGUAAUGUGGGAGGCAACAGAAAGAAAAUCAGAGGCAAAAGAUUUAGACCUCGGUCUAAUUCCACUGAGUAUUUAAGCCCAUGGUUCAAAAGAGACUAUAAUGUAGCUAAGUGGGUAGAAGAUGUGAAUAAAAACACUGAAGGACCAUACUUUAGGACUUUAUCUCCUGCCAAGUCUCCUUCUUCAUCAACUGGGUCUAUUGCCUCCAGCAGAAAAUACCCCUACCCAAUGCCUCCACUUCCCGACGAGGAGAAGAAAGUGAACCGACAAAGUGCCAGGCUCUGGGAGACAUCCAUUUAAGAUCAACUGUUUACAUGUGACACAUCGAAACUGUUUAC